AAUGCACAUCCUUGAUACUUCAAGCAAAUUAUUGAUUUUUGAUUCAUGAAUCCGUCAAUCCAGAACAUAUUUGGUUAGAACUUAGAACUUCUGUCUCGCCUCACUUACGUGCACGGAAAUGAGUGAUCAGGUUCCCGUAUUGACGAUUGCGGGAACGGACCCAAGCGGAGGAGCAGGGAUCCAGGCAGAUCUUAAAACCUUCACUGCUCACAAAUGCUAUGGGACUAGUGUGAUCACUGCUCUUGUCGCACAGAAUACUACUGGGGUGCAAGCCGUUCAAGCAUGUACUCCGGACUUUGUCGCUCAGCAAUUACGCUCUGUCCUUGAAGAUAUCGAUAUUCGAGCUAUGAAGACGGGAAUGCUCUUCGACUCUGAUAUCAUCCGUUCCGUGACUCGGACAUUGCGAGAGCAUUAUGGAGCAAAUAUUCCCCCGUUGGUCUGCGAUCCAGUUUGCGUCUCGACUUCAGGACAUACACUGUUACGUCCCGAAGCUGUCGAUGACAUGAUUACAGAACUGUUCCCUCUGACGACACUGAUUACACCUAACAAGUCCGAGGCCGAACUAAUUCUUUCGACGCGGAAGCUUCCAUCAAAUAUCACGAAUCUGGCGGAUAUGUUGUCUGCGUCUCAGGAUCUCCUGACACUGGGUCCCAAAGCUGUCCUACUGAAGGGGGGACACGUUAUUUCUUCAAUGCAAGACGUACUUCGGAUUGCGGCCGAUCAUCCAGAGAUGCGUAUUUUCCGCGACGGCCUUUUGGACGAAAAUAUGGAAAUUCUCCAAAUCACAGAAGAAGACAUUGCGGCUCGAUCCCUUGUUGUUGAUGUCCUACGAGACAAAGACACCGUCACUCUUUUCUUGCGCCCCCGCAUCAACUCAACUAGCACUCAUGGAACCGGUUGUACGUUGUCCGCGGCAAUUACAUGUGCACUAGGCCGCGGCAAUUCCUUGAUAGAAGCGACUGAUCUCGGAACGGCUUAUACCCACCUCGGUAUCGAGACAGCAUCAGGUAUCGGUAAAGGUCAUGGACCUCUUAACCAUAUGCACUCGAUAAUGCCGCGGAACAUACCUCAGUCAACGCGAAGCGUCCCUCACCCGUUCACAAGACUACUGAUCAAGUCAACCACGGACAUUUGGAAGCAAUACGUAGAACAUGACUUCGUUAAGCAGCUUGCUCGAGGGACCCUUCCUCGAGAAUGUUUUCUUCAUUUUAUUAAGCAAGAUUAUCUCUAUCUACGAUACUAUGCUCGUGCAUAUGGGCUCCUAGUAGCAAAGUCUUCGACAUUCAGUGCUAUAGACGCUGCAACGAAGACAAUCAUCAACGUCAUCACAGAAGUCACCACCCACAAGUCCUUCUGUGCACAAUGGGGCAUCUCAGAAGAGGAACUUCAGUCGAUUCCUGAAUCACCCGCAACCACAGCAUACGGCGCUUACAUCCUUGACGUCGGUCUGCAAGGUGACGCAAGUAGGCUCCUCAUGGCCGUCGCAGCAUGUCUUCUAGGUUAUGGCGAAGUUGGCCUAUGGAUCAAGAAAGAAGCUGCGAAACCUGGAACGUGGGUAGUGUUGGAUGGCAACCCCUACACCAGGUGGAUCGAUGACUAUUCCGGGGAGCAUUAUCAAGAAGCUGUCAGGACCGGUAUAGAAACAAUUGAGGCUAUGGCGGCUGCGGACCCGCCUUCACCAGCGAGACUAAAAGAGUGGGUUUUGGUUUGGGAACGGUGUACUCGUUUAGAAAAAGGUUUCUGGGAUAUGGCACUAGGAUUGCUCUAGUAGCAGAUAUGGACCAAGAGGUUACAAGAAGCACAAUGUGGACCUAUAAGCAUACCAUACGGCAGCGAAUAUAGGUACAAUAGAGGUUGGUUAUCGUAGAAACAGGGUAUCACUCGAUGUCAGACAACGGUGAAGGUGCGUCAGCUAGAGGCUCAAACAGUUUUUCUUCAGUCUGUUCUUCAAGAGUGAUCUCCACUUUCGGGCCACCCUUUGUAGUCGAAGUUGCUGCGAUCUUGCGGAUCUUCGCAGUUUUUGUAAUUUUCCUUGCACUUGGGCAAAGACCAGAGCUCAGUUCGCAUUC